AUGCUUUCCACUCUCAGAGUCGCCAGCCGGUCGGCUGCCUCCCGCGAGGUCAAUAUGCGCACCGUCGUGAUCGGAGCUAGACACGCCUCCGCCUGGGCCAAUGUUCCCCAGGGUCCUCCUGACGCUAUUCUUGGCAUCACCGAAGCUUUCAAGGCCGAUUCCUUCAAGGAGAAGAUCAACUUGGGCGUGGGUGCCUACCGUGACGACAAGGGCAAGCCUUACGUUCUGCCCUCCGUCCGCGCCGCCGAGGACAAGGUUGUCGCAUCGCGCUUGGACAAGGAGUACGCUGGCAUCACCGGUGUUCCCGCUUUCACCACCGCCGCUGCUGAGCUCGCUUACGGCGCCGACUCCUCCGCCAUCAAGGACAACCGCCUCGUCAUCACCCAGACCAUCUCCGGUACCGGAGCCCUGCGCAUUGGUGGUGCUUUCCUCAAGAAGUUCUACCCCGGCGCCAAGAAGAUUUACAUCCCCAACCCCAGCUGGGCUAACCACAAGGCUGUCUUCACCGACUCCGGUCUUGAGGUCGCUACGUACAGCUACUACAACAAGGACACCAUUGGUCUCGACUUUGAGGGUCUGAUUGCCGAUAUCAAGGCCGCCCCCGAGGGCAGCAUCAUCCUCCUCCACGCUUGCGCUCACAACCCCACCGGUGUCGAUCCCACCCAGGCCCAGUGGCGCCAGAUCAGCGAUGUCAUGAAGCAGAAGGGCCACUUCGCCUUCUUCGACAUGGCCUACCAAGGCUUUGCCAGCGGCAACGCUGACCAGGAUGCCUUUGCUCCCCGCCACUUCGUCGAGCAGGGCCACAACAUCGCCCUUUGCCAGAGUUUCGCCAAGAACAUGGGUCUGUACGGCGAGCGUGUCGGUGCUUUCUCCCUCGUUUGCGAGAACGCCGAGGAGAAGAAGCGCGUCGAUUCGCAGAUCAAGAUCCUCAUUCGUCCCUUCUACUCUAACCCCCCGUUCACGGUGCUCGCAUCGCCUCCACCAUCAUGA